AUGUGGGAAUACUACGACAAGAAGACGGUCUUCCUCACCGGAGGCACUGGCUUUUUGGGAACGGCGGUGCUGCUGCGUCUGUUGUCGGAUGCGAAAUGCAAGCGCAUAUACCUCCUCCUUCGCGGAGGCCAAAGUCGAGGCAGGCAGAAGUGGGGUGAAUCCCUGCCGACCGCAACUGUAGGCUGGCUGCUUCAACAUCAUCGCCUAACAGUGCUGAAUGGAGACAUAUCCGAGCCUGAUUUUGCCUUGACCCAUGAUCAAUUAAACCUGCUACGCGAUGAAGUGAACAUUAUGAUACAUGCAGCGUCGUCAAUCAAUCUGACACAGACUCUUCCGAAAGCCUGUAAACAAAUCGUCCAGCCAUCGGAGGCAGUUGCCAGGUUUGGCCUGCAAUGCUACAACUUGAGUCGAUUUGUUUAUGUCUCGACAGCGUACGCGAAUUCUCACCUGCACAUGUUGUCAUCCGAGGAGGACGUGACCGUCGAAGAGCGAAUAUAUCCUCUCUCCAAUGAGGCCUCUCGCCCGGUCUCGGAAGAAUAUAAGGAAUUGCAAGCCUUGGGAACUACUUCUGAAUACGCCGUCAAUGAUUUCCCCUGGGCAUAUGGCUAUGCCAAACACCUGUCAGAGAGACUGAUAAUGGCCAUGUUCACAGAAGCAGAGAGAUACGACCAAUUACUCAUUGUGCGUCCAUCAAUCAUUGGGCCCGCAGAGUACUUCCCAUUCACUGGCUACAAUGUCCUUACAUCGUCACCAAUUACCGUCGUCGCGGCUGCGCUGGCAAAUGUUCCGGCCGUUGAGUUACAAUUUGCCAGUACUAUGCACGAUCCCGCAAAUCACGCGACCAUAGACGAAGUACCGGUUGACGUUGUUGUCGACCGUCUGCUCGUUCACUUAGCGCACGGAACCACGGGUUGUGUUCACGCGGUGAGUGGCAAAGUCGGGAGGAUCUCGAUGAAGGAACUAUACGAUGCCAUCGUUGCCUUGAGGAAGCUUCCUUGGGCCCCUCGUGUCGCCUGGCUGUAUGAAAGCUGGCAUUACGAGGGGCAGCAUUGGAUUAGUAAACUGUUCAAGGUUUUCGGUACAUCAUUCUCCUUUUCUGAGCAUAGGACGGUCGCACUACGAGAUUCUAGCCCCAAGGAAGCCCUGCAGGGCUUUGUCUUAUUCAAGACAGCAGACGCAGGACCAUAUGAAUUAUAUUCUCGGCACCGGGAUGUUCAGGAAUGUGCAUUUGUGAUUUCAAGGCGGAUGAAUGUGCUUCUUCGUGUAUUUUCCUGGAUUGUCUGGUCUUGUUGA